CUGCCAAGCCCCGAGCGCGGCCCAGGUGAAGCGCAGCCGGCCGCGGCCUCUGGGCGAGAGGGAGCUUCGCGCUUCGGCCCGCUCUCCCCUCCCCGCCGGGGAGACCCCCGGGAGGGCAGGGCCGGCCCCGCCACGGGCUCCCCCGGGCAGGCGGCAGCCCGGACUCUUUUCCAUGAAACACCUCCCGGGCCCUGGCAACCGCCGCGCCUGGCAACUGGGCUGCAGGGCCGGGCUGGUCGGCUGAGGCAGAGGAUGAAGCAGGCGCUGGUGGACGACACGGAGGAUGUGUCCCUCGACUUCGGGAGCGAGGAGGACCUGGCGCUGCGGAAAGCAAAGAUCAGAGGGGGUGGUCAAGUGCUGGAACAGGCCGCAUGGGAGGCUAGGGAGCCUUGGCCCGGGAGAUGCUCAGCGCUGGGCAGCCAGCCCCAGCUGCCCGGGCUGGAGCAGGCACCCACUGGCCACGUUUUUCCACCUGUUUUUCCGAGUGAGUGCUAUUAUUACCUACUUGUUCUGUGACUGGUUCAGCAACAGCUUUGUUGCCUGUUUUGUCACUAUUCUCCUCCUUCUAUCCUUUGACUUUUGGUCAGUUAAGAAUGUGACAGGAAGACUCUUGGUUGGUUUGCGUUGGUGGAACCAGAUUGAUGAAGAUGGAAAAAGCCACUGGCUGUUUGAAGCAAAAAGGGUGCCUACAGUAGCUGCCUCAACAGAAGCUGAAGCUCGAAUCUUUUGGCUUGGUCUCAUUAUCUGUCCAGUUAUUUGGACAGUGUUUUUCUUCAGCACCUUGUUCUCCUUGAAGCUGAAAUGGCUGGCUCUUGUGAUAGCUGGGAUCUCCCUUCAGACUGCUAAUUUAUACGGCUACAUCCACUGCAAAUUAGGGGGACAAAAAAGCAUCAGCAGAGUAACUUCAAGGUUUUUUGUCACAGCAGAAGCUCCCAAGAGACGGACAAGGAGAAUUUCAGAAGACCCCACUGAAGAACAUAGAAAGACAGGCACUGGUAAUCCAACAAGGAAGAACUAAAAGGAGGAGCAGUAAAAAUACUCAUUUAUGAAAGCUGUUCUUCAUAUGAAGAUAUUUCGGUAAAGCUCUUCUAGAAUUAUGCUUGCAUGAAAUAACAAGGAUUUUAUGUCAUUGGUGUUGGAAUCUUUAGCUUUCUGAAAGGCUUAGAGCCUUGGUUACUUAAAAGUUAAUCAAAAAGUGGUUUGUAUAAGCACAAAAACAAUGCUUACAGUUUACACAGAGCACGCUUUCAGAAAAAAAAUCUGUCAACCAACCUGAAACUGUUGGAUUCUCUUAACCAAGAAUUAGAAUGUAUUCAAAAGACAAUGCUGAUUUCUUUAAUUUUCAAACUACAAUGAACAAAAUCGAACUGCCUUUCCCUCUUGUACGCAAUACUGAUUUCUCAAGGCUCUGAUUCCUCAAGAAAAAAAGAGGAAUUACAAUCACAAAGGGCCUCUUUGUUAUUAAAAGACACUAGUCAAGUAGAACGAACAAAAGUCAUGUAGCACAUUCACACGGUACCUGUGUGAAGCAGCCAGUUAAUAGUAAAGUAUGUUAAAUCUUAUUCUGAUACCUGUAAUAAAUAAAAUAUUGUACUUGGACUAUAAUUAACUUGCCUAAACUCUAGGUUUUUACUUUAAAACUGUAUGCCAAUUAUUAAGAAGGAGACUGUACUACACUGAAUUUCAUUCUAAAUAUAGAUCUUUACUGU